AUGGCUGCCAUGUUCAGCCAGAACCCUUUGAUGAAUGGGCCCAACUAUUCGUUCUCCGAUGCCCCCAAGACCAACAGCGGCGAAUUUCGAGAACAUCGAUUUAACCCCUACACCGAUAAUGGUGGCUCGACUCUUGCCAUUGCUGGCGCAGACUUUACCAUCAUGGCUGGUGACACCCGCCACACUAGCGGUUAUAGCAUCAACUCUCGCAUGUCCCCCAAGGUCUUCCGAAUCGGCGGUACCACUGCCUCCCAGGAGGAUGCUACACUAGUCCUAUCUGUCGUCGGCUUCGCUGCUGACGGUGAGGCCCUCCGUGACCACCUCGACACCAUCUGCAAGAUCUAUCGUUACCGCCACGGCAAGCCUAUGACUGUCAAUGCUUGUGCCAAACGCCUCUCUACCGUUCUCUACUCGAAGCGAUUCUUCCCCUACUACUCGCAUGCGAUGCUCGGCGGUCUGGAUGAGGAGGGCAGAGGCGCUGUGUACUCAUACGAUCCCGUGGGGAGCUAUGAGCGAGAGCAGUGCCGAGCAGGCGGUGCUGCGGGCAGUCUGAUCAUGCCUUUCCUGGACAACCAGGUCAACUUCAAGAACCAAUAUAUUCCCGGAAGCGGAGAAGGCCAUGAGCUGAAGGAGCGGGAGCGACGUCCUCUUACGCGAACAGAGGUCGAGACUGUCGUCAAGGAUGCAUUCGAUGGUGCGGUGGAGCGUCACAUUGAGGUUGGUGAUAACCUUCAAAUGCUCAUCAUCACAGCAGACGGUAUUGAGGAGACCUUUUUGCCCUUGAAGAAGGAUUAG